ACUUGUCAAAUCUGAAAUUCAUUAUAUUUUUCUGUCCAUUCACACAGCUUCAUAACUUUCAGCAAAAGUUUCUGGCAGAUGGGCACUGUGGCUUCCCGGUUGACUUGUGAAAGCGCUUAGAAAAGAAACAUUUCUUCACUUAACUAUUUCUAUCAUGAUGCUUCCUCAGAGACGUGGAUGAUACCGUGGAAAGUGCCUAGCAGGCAGAUCACGUGGGUGCGUGCAGAUUCCAUGAUAAAGUUUUUAUUCCCUCCACUUCUGUGCAUGUUUGGGGAUGUGGGGUGAAGUAAGAGAAAAGUGAGUUUGUACAUACUCCCUCCAAAGAAAUGGCUUUUGUAAAAAUGCCACUCGACUUGCAAAGAAGCUCACAUAAUGACUAACUCUCCUUAGAGAUGUGGUUAGUUCAUUCAGUGAAAAGUUAUUUCAAGCUAACUGUCAUACUUUAUUAAAAACAAUAGGUUUGUUUGGAAUGUAUCCUAUUCAUAAACCCUUGGAAAUAAAACAGUCACCGUUGUUGAUCCCCAACGCCAAGCACAUCGUCCUCGGAAGAGACAUCUCAGACGUCAUUCUGACCCCCUAGGUUAAAUUAAAGGUCAGCCGUGGGGGUCUCCUCUCUUACCUUUACUAGGCAGAACAAGGGAGUGACAAACCUUUUCUAAGUCAACAAUGCGUUUACAGAGAUCCCGUGACGUCCCGGGGAGGGGCGGGGUCCGGCAGCCUGGCGGACACGGGUCAGGAGAAAGUGGCCAGGAAGGGUCCACGGAGGCACAGCCCGAGUCUGCGGCUUCCGGGAGGACGGAGGCCCACAUUCUACCGGCAACAACAGGGUCCGGUCACCCCACUGUUUUCAGCCAGAAAAACAAAACAGCCUCGGGCUGCCGGAUACCCGGAUGGAACAGCUCCUCCCCUCCGCGCGCCCGGCCCCCCCUCCUAGGGGCUCUGUCGCGCAUGCGCAUCCUGGGGGCCUUAGUGUGAGGCGGGGCGGGGCGCGGAGGAGGAAGGGCGGCGAUUGGGCGAGAGGGGAGCCACGCCCGCCGCGUCAAUGUCUCUGCGCAUGCGCCGGGCGCCAGCUUCUGGUUCUUUUGGCGCGUCUGCCCAGGGCUCGCUCAGUCUGCGUCCAGACGUGGGACGCGGGAGUUAUUUCUACUGUUGUUGUCGAGCAGCUGUGGAAGCCGGUCCUGGUCCUCGGCUGCGGGGGAAGCCGUCCGUUGGGUCUUUCUCCGUCUUGAGUGAGGCAGCGGCGGUGGCCUGUGCUGAUUUUGGCGCGCGGGCGGUGCAGACGGGGCCCGCCGCCGCCUGCGUGCCGGGCCUUCCCUGGGCUUCCUCCUCUGCUCGCUUUCAGGAACUGAGCUCUCGGGAAGGUCCCUCCGAGGAAGGGGAACUUCGACCCGCUCCGACCGACAUGUCCCGCUACGUCACCGCCCUGUGGCCGGGCUCGCCGCGGGACGAGGGCUCGCCGCCCGCCGCGUGCUCGGGCCGCUCCAGCCGGCGGUCCUCGACGUCCGCGAGCCGCAGCUCCUCCGGGAGCUCGCGGGCCGGGUCCCGCGUCUUGAAUCGCUCGGCGUCCGGGAGCCGGAGCCCGGCACGGAGGAGCCGCCGCUCGAGGUCCCGGUCCCGGUCCCGGCGGCGCCCGCAGAGGAAGUACCGGCGCUCCUCCCGCUCCUACUCGCGCAGCCGGUCUCCGUCCCGCCUCCGCCUCCGGGCUCCCGCGCGGGGCCGGGCCCGCAGCGGGUCCCGCCCGCGUGUCUGGUGGCGCUCCGGCUGCGGGCGCGCGGGGUCCCCGGCGCGGCGCCGAGCGUGGCGGGGCCGGUCCCGGACGCGGUCGCGGAGCCCGACGCCCUUCCGUCUGAGCGAGCGAGAUCGAAUGGAGCUGUUAGAAAUAGCAAAAGCCAAUGCAGCAAAAGCUUUAGGAACAGCCAAGCUUGAAUUGCCGGCUAGUCUCAGAGCGGUGCUUGUGUCUAAGGAGACUGACCGUGGAACAGCUGUACCGAACCGUGCCGCACAGUUUCAGCUGCCGGAAAAGCUAACAGAAGAUGGAACCAAAAAUCCCAAUGAAAAGUCUUCCCAGCAAAAAAGCAUAGCUUUUAGCUCUAAUGAUUCUGUGGCAAAGCCAAUGCUUCAGAAAUCAGCUAAAGCUACUGCUGAAGAGACCCCCUCAGGAUCCCCAAAAAUAAAUCUGAAAAAAAGUCCAUAUGGACUGUGGAUACCUGUCUAAAAAAGAAAGCUAAAGAAAAGCUAAGGUGGUCUGAAAUGCACUUUAUCGCAAGUUUGUGUUUUUAGCAUUAUUCCAUCCGUGAGCCAUUUAGUGGUAAUUGGCAAAGUCACAGUGACAGAAAAAGAUGUGAAUACUUAAUAUUUAAAUGUCAGCAUUUCUCUUGCAGAUAUGAGAUAGCACAAAUGGAUCAGAGGUUAUGUACAGGUAGGAGCCUUAUAUAUAUAUAUAUAUAUAUACUUAUAAAUGUUCUGUAUAAUAUCGAUUGGUUUAUAGAGGUGAAAUUUAUAAGACAAACACAGUAAUUGAACUGUGUUGUAUAUAUUUGUUAAUAAAGUUCUUGUUUUUA